AUGAGAUUAUUUUUAUUACUUAUUUCUUUAAUUUUCUUAGCUGUUCAAAGAACAGUUGCCUUCUCAGGUGUUGAUAUCAGCUCUGGUUCUGAUGUUCCAUUCUUCCAAUGUGUUAAAAACGCUGGUUUCGAUUUUGCCAUUGUUAGAGCUUACGAAAGUAUUGGUCAAGUUGAUCCAAACGGUCCACACUCAGUUUACAAUGCUCGUGAUGCUGGUAUUGAAUACGUUGAUGUAUAUUUAUUCCCAUGUUUCUCAUGUGGUAAUGGUGCUGGUCAAGCCGUUUCUAUGGUUAACUAUUUAAAGAGCUACAAUGCCAACUAUGGUAUGGUUUGGUUAGAUAUUGAAGGUCCAGGUACAUAUUGGAGUAGCAACCAAGGUGCCAAUCAAGCUUUCUUCAACGAAUUAGUCAGUGGUCUUGAAUCAGUUGGUGCUCAUAUUGGUAUCUAUACCUCUGAAUCACAAUGGGAGCCAAUCAUGGGUGAUUGGUCAGGUGGUGCUAAAUAUCCACUCUGGUAUGCUCAUUAUGAUGGUAAUCCAAGUUUCUCAGAUUUCUCACCAUUUGCUGGUUGGUCAAGCCCAGCUAUUAAACAAUACAACGAUCAAGGUCUUAACUGUGGUGUUGGUGCUGAUCUUAACUGGUACCCAUAA